CCCUGGCCGGUCAGAGCGCAGCGGAGCCCGGCGUCAGCAGCACAGCGCAGCGGAGCGACGAGCAGAGUCACACCGAGGAUCACCAGCUGAGGAGCGGCGGAGGCUCCGGUCCUCCCUGCCGCACUUUAACCGCUUUUAAACCCGCUUCAUCUCCUUCUCCGGCCGCUCUGCCGCGCACUGUGGAGAAAUAACGGAGUUACCGUGAAAGUGGGGGAAGUAGCGACACUGGUCCGCCGCCGGCAGCCUGACAGCCGCCAGCAUGAAGAAGAACAACUCCGGGAAACGGGGUCCGCAGGACUCGGGGUCGCAGAACCUUCAGCCCGAUAAAGUCGGCUGGAUCAGAAAGUUCUGCGGUAAAGGGAUCUUCAGAGAGAUCUGGAAGAACCGGUUCGUGGUUCUGAGAGGAGAUCAGCUGUUCGUCUGUGAGAAAGAGGUGAAGGAGCUGGGUCGGGCUGACGAGGUGUUGGACCUGUCGGACUACGAACGCUGUGAGGAGAUCCGGAAGAACAAGAGUCGCAGCAAAAAGAACCACAGCAAGUUCAGGCUGCAGCGCUGCAGCACGCCAGGGAACACGGCUCCGAACCUGGUCUUCCUGGCUGUCAGUCCGGAGGAGAAGGAGUCCUGGAUCAACGUCCUGAAUGCUGCCAUCACUAGAGCCAAGAACAGAAUCCUGGAUGAGGUGACAGUAGAAGACUCUCAGCUGUCCCAUCUGACUCGAGAUCGAGUGAAGAUUCCUCACAACCGCAGACUGCCGACUAGAGGCCACCUGCUGGCCGUGGCCUCCACGUCCUCCUCAGACGGGAUGCUGACUCUAGAUCUGAUCCAGGAGGAAGACGCUCCGUCUCAGGGAGCUAUCGGCUGCGAUGACUUUAGGGUCAACCUGGACAAGUCUCACCUCGGUCCAGAUUGUCCCAGGUCCAAAACUGACGGUGCCCUUUCUGCCAGAACCGGGGAGGCUUCUGGGAAAUCCCAUAGCCUUCCUCGUGAGGUGGCGGUGGUGUGGGAGCAGACGGGUUCCGCUCAAACUCCUCAGCCUGGAAAACGUCUGACGACGGCAGAGAAAAACCGCUGUGCCUCCAUGGACGAGAUCCUGUCGCAUUCAGAGACCAAAGCUGCUAAGAACAAGACUGCAGCAAUGUCUCGUUCACUGGCCUCGACGCCGACCGGAACCACGACGCCCAUCACCCAGCUGCAAGAGCUGAUCAGACAGAAGCUGGAGAAGACGGAGCGGCUGCUGACGGAGGUGCGGGGGGAGGCUGAGGGGGAGGCCAGGGAGUGGGGGAAGGUGAAGAGGAAGGAGCCGGCUGAAGCAGUGCAAGGCGAAGCUGAGAGACUCCUGAAGGAGGCAGCGGUGGCCUGGAGUCAGGCCCGGGAGGUGCUGGAGGAGGUGAAGGAGCUGAGGGUGUUGUACCUACGACUGGACCCCUCCUCCCCCAUCACCCCCUCCAACAGCGCCAAACUGAAACCAGACCGCAAGAGCCUGAUGUAAAAUGGAGGUACUGACUCAUUCUGAUACGAGCCGGUUUAAGGUCUGGUCCCGGACUUCAGACAAAGCUGCUGAGAACUGGACGAACCACUUUUAAAUUAUUUGGAAAAAUUCAGGUUUUAAUUUUCAGCUGUCGGGAGGAACCAGGACUGUCCUGCUGACUGAUUCAGCUCGGUGCCCAGGGACAUCAAACUUCUUCAGAAAAACAAUGUUAAAGCAUAGAUUUAGCUAUAGUCCCACCCUUCUGUAGUAUCCUCAGGCUCUCAAAAACCCCUUUUUUCAGUUGCACGAACUUCCUCAGAAACAAAACUACCGGAAAACACUUGAAUUACCUUUACAGGAAACUUACCUGACGUCUUUUUAAGGGAAGGGAAUAAAAAUCUGAGUUUAUAAAUGAAGAAAAACCUUGGAUACUUGAUCUCCCUCAUUUCUGUCCACUGCUCUGGAUCCAUUUUAUUUUGCUCCAUGGUUUCCUUUGGAAUAUUCAUGUCUAUAGGGAAAUGAAGGAAGGAAGAUGAAGUUUAAUGCAGCUGGGCACUGGACUGUAGGAGCAGCUGACGGUACGAAUGCAGGGUACAUAUGGAGGAGGAUUUGUUGAAUCCUUUAAAAGUGGAGGACUCCUCCGAAUGUGACGGUACAUGAGCAGAAGUUCGGACUCAUCACAUUUAUUUUGACUGAUCUUAAUGCUGAUUAUCCUACCGCCUGGAUGAUUUUUGGGAUAAACUUUUUGUUUUCCUGCCUCUCGGUGCACUUUGGCACCUGACCGACAGGUUUCUUAUUUUUAAACCACGGAGGAUGAUCUGUAUGAAAUAAAAAAGAUUCAGCUGAUCUGACGAUACUCAGUAGCAGAAAUGGAAUGUGCAUUAGGGUCUUUGACUUUGGGAAUAAACACGUGAAUAAUUAUUCUAACCCUUAGGUUCAUUUACUAGCUUUUUCCAGAGCUUUUGACUCUUAUCUUGCAGCCGUCUUCAAGAAAACAAGUUUACUCAGUUGUCAUUAAUUGGUUGGCUUUAGUAGCAUUUUAUCAAAUCCUCUCAAAUCCCUUUUCCAAUCUAAUGAGUUUCAACUUUAUUUGCAAGUUCUUCGCCCGUUUGGUGACUUGAUAUCUUUAAAACCAGUCAAUGUUGUGACUGGUUUUGGUCUGGGGCUGAGUUUGAGGACGUCAGAUCAGAACCAGUCCCAACUGGAGUUGGCAGGAGGAAGAUCAUGGAAGACAUUCCCAUCACCAGUUACCAUCUCCCCCAUAUACAACCACCUAUUAUCAUCUGACAGUUGUUAGUUUAGGACACAUGAGCAAGAUCCUCUCACUAAAGAAGGCUGUGAGGUAUGGUCGAAAGCUCUGGAAAAAGCUGGUAAGUAAAUGCUGGUUUCGACUCAUUUAUCACAGAUACAUCAUGCAUGUUUGAUGACUGACAUGUUUCCAAGAUUGACGGGGAAUCAUUGGGUUUUGUGUCUCUAUAUGUGAUCAGCAGGAAUCCAUAAACAGUGAUCAUCAGAGUGAUCAAAUCUUAAGACCCCCACAAAACCCAACUUACCUCUGGAAAGUUUCCACCAUGAUCUGUUCACACCACACAGUCUGAUUAGUAGAGUUUUGGUCAGUUUUGGAGGAGUGAAAGUAGCGGGCUUUGAGCUACUCUCUCAGGCUCUCUUUAGCCACGCUAGUAAUAUUCUUAAAGUUGGGGAUGUGAAAUGAAACAGUUUUCUCUGAAUCUGGUUUUCUAGGUGUUUUUUUUGGGGUCGGAGUCCGUUUCAGUUUGUGUAUAAACUGAGUUUGUGUACAAACUCACAGAUCCAUGUCAGGACAGGUACGAUUUUUUUUGACCUGUAAAGAGUUCUAGACGAGUUUAAACAGAUGCUAUGCACUAGGGGUCGACCGAUUAUCAGCCUGGCCGAUUAUCAGAUCUGAUAUUAACCGUUUUUAGGAUUAUCGGAAUUUUUUUUUUUUUUUUGUAUCUGAUUGCUGAUACAAUAAAUUAAUUUUAAAAAAAUGCACUACUUUCUGAUGCAGCCAUCUCUCGGUCUAUAGUCACCAUCAGUGGUCUUGAGCAACGUCCCAACCACGGCACUAUCUGAUCGGUUACACAUCACGAGUAAUAGCCUAUCAAAACUGAAGGCUACAGGCACAAACGGAUACAGAGAAACACGUUCGCUGACUGGAGCAGCUCAGGUGAGCGAGCGGAGCUGUGUGUUGAAGGUAUGCCCGAGCGUUAAGACUCGAAUGUUGCUGAAGUUGCAAAACACUAAAAUCUUAUGAACAAGUUAAUUUGUUGAUCAAAGACACAUCGAGCAAGAGAGAGCGAGCGUGAGAGGGAGAGAGAGAAGCCAUCGCUAACUGCUAAGCUGAGCUAACUGGCAGAUUUUAACGGCCUGUAAACAACUGUGGGAUUAGCGAGAAAAGUCGCUAAACGAAGGAGAGAUGUGAGAGUGACUGAGCAGAACUAGUGUAAGUUUAAAUGUACAGCGGUUAAUUAGCCGCAGUAAUUAAGACAACAACAUCGGCUGGGUUGAGAUAAAACUAUUAUGGGACAUUUUGAUGCUACCAGGUGAAUAUGCAGGUAUUUUUCCCAGGUGAAAACUGCACCGAAAGCAACCAGUAAAUUUGGGUCAGGCACUUUGCAGCCUCUGCAAACAACCGAUAAUUACCGAUUUACGCUCAGUUGGCAGUUUAUCGGGUACAGCCAGCUAACACUAGGUAAAACUAAUUUCAGUCUGAUCCAACAGUCCUGCAUUAAAUCGUCCUUCAUGAAGGUUCUAAUGUUCAGUUUUUAUCAAAGUUGAGGGAGUCGUUGAAUCUACUGUAGAGGCUGUACUGUGUGGUGCUGCUGAGCUGUACUUAAAUACACAGAGAGGUGUGUCUGUUAUUUGGCCUACCUUCAUUGAUAUAAGGGGGAUUGGCAAAAAUAACAGAAACACCUGGACACCAUGGCGGAUGUCCACAGACAUAAUGUAGCAGUAGUUUUGUGUUGGAGUUUGUUUUUCUUAAUUUUGACACCGAGAUUUUCAUUUUGACUGGAAAUGUAUAUCGGUUCCGAUUAUCGGUUAUCGGUCUCCUCGAUUACUAAUAAUUGGUAUCGGCCCUGAAACACCAUAUCGGUCGACCCCUACGAUGAACGCUGUGUGAAGAACGGGGUGCACUUUCCUCUUCCGUCCCUGCAGUGAGUCCACCUCAGCGUCUUGUGAAUGUGAAUGUUGUCUGAGACACACUGGAGGCUGCAGCCUUCAGUCACAGCUGGAAACUCAGACUCAGGUCUAUAUGUUUGACAAGAACCAGACUGAUUCUCCCAAUGAACUCCACCGUCCUCAGGAAACCUGAAGGCCAAACAGAUAACACCACAGCCUUCAGUCUGUGUCUCUACAGAUCAGAACAAGGCGAACAAUUUACAAUCAAGUAAACAACGAGUCAAACAAACUACGGUAAACAUCAGUCAUAUUCGGUUUGAUGGAAACAAACUAGGACCUAAUGGACGAAUUGAUUUAUUUCCCUGCUCCACUUUCUGAUGUGACCAGGACUUUAGUCAAAAUUAAAAGAAAACAAGUCAAACUAUGAGCCGUUAAUUCACAAUCCUGACUACAAAGUAAAGAGUAGUUUGAUUUUUGUCUUUCCUAACAUAUUUUCCUUUUUGUGGGUGAAUCCAGCUUCUAAAGGACCUGAUCCCGUUGUGAGGAACAAUCACGAAAUGAAGAUUGAUUGUGAAAAUAGAACACUUUGUGUAUCUGGAUGAAAUGAGCUGUAUCUCUGGUGGAAAACAAAACACCUGUAAUUAAAGACAGAUUUCUUAUUUGUUUUGCGGUCGGACAGACGUUUGCACUGGAACAUUUGGAGACUUGACCACCUGUGCAGUUUAAUACAAUCACCAAGUUUUACUGAGAAACCCCGCCCUCCACACACUUUUGUACCGUUAAAGCUUCCUGGAGUUCAACUGGUUUCUGUUCUGUGUGUGUUGGUAGAUGAAGUGUGGUAGCAAUAAAAAGUAAGGACGUCAGGCCAAAGACAAUGCAAAGGUAGAAAAACAAUCAUCUUCAGUCUUUGAUUUUACUGAUUCAACCACUUUGUUUGGCAUCACAGACUCAUCAAUGUCAGAAAUUUGCACAGAAAUCAUACAUCUGAAAAUAAAGGAUUCAGAAAACACACAAAUCAUCAGUGAGCCUAUGGUCCUCCAGAAAAACCACAAACAGCUGGAUAAAACCAGCAGCGCUGCCCCACAGGCUGCGGGGCCUGAACUCUUAGUGUCACAGGAAGGUCGUCAGGUUUGGUUCCAUCACACCUGCAGAGACCAAAACCUGAGCUCACCUACCGUCAACCUGGGCCGUAAAUGGAGACACUGAAAAAAUACUGGACUAAAACCACAAACGGAUUACAUUUUGGUCCCGAUGAAACAAACCAGAUCAAACGAGUUAAUUAUAUUCAUGUUGCCGCCUUUGGACAGAGCCAGGCUAGCUGUUUCCCCCUGUUUCAAGUCUUUAUGCUAAGCUAAGCUAGCUGUU